UGCAGCCCAAUCAAUACGGCACCAGGCAUGUCCCCCUCUUCAUUGUGCUCAUCAGUUGAGAAAGGUAUUAACUUGCCUGCUCAUCUGGUCCCCUUGCUUUUCCCCUCUGUGCCCUUCAAAUCGAUCAAGAGCGGUGCGUACAGUAGCAAAUGCAAUCGCGAAAAUGAGCACGAAUGAUAUUCUUAAAAUUGCUAGAGAGUUUUCAACAACUCUACGGCCACAAGACAAGGAAUUCUUUGAAUCGAGUAGCUACGGCCACGUACUACAAGAUGUUAAUGAUGUCCAAUCACAGCGUGAAUUGACCAAAACAAUGAUAAAUAUGAAAAGGAUACACCCUUUUCUCACGGGCAUGGCCAGCCUAGAAAAAGUAUUUAUUGCCAUCAACUUUCCGCAGGUCUCUAAUGUCAUGGCGUGCGUUUGGGGCUCGAUCCGAUUCCUCUUAAAGGCGACAAAUCUCAACGAUCGAGAGAUUGACAACUUACUCGAUGCGUAUGAGGAAUUAGGAGACAAAAUACUCCCCUUGGAUGAAUAUACGCCCUUUUUCACCGGGGCUAGAGAGACCGAAAUAUGCUUGCUACACAUCUAUCGUGAUGUAUCGACCUUCCAUCAGCAUUUAUACAAGCUCUUUUCGCUUCGGCCUAGCUUAUCUCAAAGACUAUAUAAACCUACUUGGAAAGCAUUAAAUGAUACAACCAAAUUCUUAGUGGCAUCUCUAGAAAAACAUGGACAAAUCAUUAAACGUUAUGGAUCACCCUUGCAAAAUUCUCCAGCAGGUCUGAAUAUUGAAGAGUCUCAGCCUCACAUUACCCAGGAUUGGGGUUUUGUGAGUCUGAAGCUGCAGGAGUAUGACAGUGAAGUUGCAAAACGUCAAAAGAAUUUUGAUGAGGAACAGACAUCGAGGAGAGAAAGCAUGAAAACAAGAGUGUUGGAAUGGAUCUCAGCUUCAAAAGAGACAGAAUCUCUUCACAAAAAGUUUCAAGACACAAAGAAAUGUCCAGAUUCCGGUCGCUGGUUAUUCAGAAGAUAUAGCGAAGUCACUGAUUGGAUGAAAGAAGAUUUGCCUCCAGAGUCUGCCAUUUGGCUCCACGGUAGCCGAGGAUAUGAUGAGUUGAAUCAACGGAAAAAUCGCAACGACAUUGACCCAGAAAGCAAGGUCUAUUAUUUCUAUUGCCAGGAAGCAGACGCUGAUCACCGCACUCAUCUUGGUGUUCUCAAAGGAAUUCUCUACCAGAUGGUUGAUUCUAACGAGUACCUUAUACCCUACUGCGCCGACAAAGCUGAAUCUGGUGGAAGCACUACUUUGGCGCACGUCGAAGUUGCCCAAGCUCUCAUCGAAGCAUUCUUUGAAUACAAUCCCAGGCAAUAUGUCGUGAUUGAUGGACUUGAUGAGUGUGAAACAUCUGAAGAGAUGCGCAAAAUAGCAACCUUCUUCAUGAAACAGGUUUCUAAAUGCGACAAUGAUAUCAAGGCAGGCCAAUUGAGAUUACUUUUCAUGAGCCAAAUGAUACCAGAGAUAGAAAAAGACCAUAUCAUGCCGGAAGAAGAUGGCCGCAUACAGCUUAAGUCGACUGAUAAUGCAGAGGACAUCCGAGCCUAUGUGAAGGCGAGGAUCCCAGAGUUCUCAUUGCCGCGCGGUACGAGGGGCGGCUUUAAUCUCUCUGGAGCCGAUAAAGACCAAAUUCUAAGCAUUAUUUGCAGUCGGAGCGAAGAAAUGUUUCUCUAUGCUCAUUUGGCUAUUGAGUAUCUGCUACAGCUGCCAACAAAAGCUAUGCUCCUAAUGAAGGCUAAAGGAGAGAUGCUACCAAAAAAGCUUGAACAAAUCUACGAAAAACUUUUGGGAGCAGUGAAAGACGAGCUAUUGCAGCUUGAAGAGGGCGAGAUGCACUGGAAUAUGGCCAAGCAACUUCUCGGCUGGUUGGUUUGCGCAAAACGACACCUGAAAUGGAACGAAAUGCAGGCCAUUCUUUCGUAUGCGCCAGAGAAGCAAGAAGUGGAUUUUGACAACAAAAUGCUACGACAAGCAGCCGAGAAAUACCUGGGAUCAUUAGUCUACAUCUUGGAUGGCGGCGACAUUCGCAUUGUUCACUCCACAGCACGACGGUACGUCAAAAAUCAAGAUGAAGAGAAGCACUUGGAGAAAGUGAGGGGUGGAUGGUUCGCUUUCCAAGAUUACGCUUGUUCUCAGUGGCAUAGUCAUGUCGAUACGGUAAUAAAGACAUGCAAAACUCUCUUCUGCGACCCUCAAAGCACCCAGACCGAGUAUAUGGGAAGUUUUGGCUCUGCUUUACAGGACUUUAUCGACGCACACCGUCCAGACCUCACAGUGGACUGGCACUCGGAUUUUGCGAGAGACUUACCCUCUGAAUUAAAACAGUACUCAGAACUCCCAUUUUACAAUAAUCUUUGCUUAUUGUGGAAUCACAUUUAUACGCAUCAAAAGAGUGCAUAUGAUAUCCGAAAUACAGUUGGUAUUACUCGGAUAGAAGAAGCUCUACUGAGGAAUAGGACCUCUCUGGAAAAAUUCACUCCCGAUAUGAAGGUCCACAUCAACGACACAGUAGCGGACUAUUAUGGUACCAAUCUGUUCAAGUGUAAGCGCGUGCUAUGUAAAUUCUUUUACAUAGGCUACGAAAAGAAGGACGAUCGCGAAGCUCACAACAGUCGCCACGACAGGCCAUACCAGUGUCCAGCACAAUGCAAUCUGGCACCUCUUGGCUUCUCUAACAAGAAAGACUGGGAAAGGCAUUUGCGACAUUAUCACUCACACUUGAGCGAAGGACCAUCGGUAUUUGAGGCUUUGCGAUCCAGGCCCGGGCAAAACGGAUUCCAAUGCAGCCUGUGCGGCAAGGAGUUUACGCGGAAAAUCACCCAGCAGGGUCACGAAAGGAGUCACUUUGGUGAGCGUCCUUUUAAGUGCUCGUUUGAGGGCUGCACCAGGGCAUUUGCGAGAUUGAGUGAUAACCAAAGGCAUUGGAAGAUACAUACGAGGAGACAAGGGAGGUAAACCAGGUUCUCAUUCUUUGUUUUUAGUCUAAGACUAUAUAAGUGUUAUUCUUUUUAACGACUUCUUGAUUCUGCCGCUCAAUUCUGCUCUCUAACAUGAUAU